CUCUUUUGUUUGGUCAAACCAUCCCACACUGUCACACAUGGCUGACUGGAGACAGGACCAGUAGCACCUCUUUCUUCUUAAGACCUAGCAGAAAUUAUAUAUCUUUAACUGUGACAACAAGGACACCUUCGAAGGAUAUAAAGUUCAUUUAGUUGAAAGUCUGACUUGGCUGGAUUUCCUGACAAAUGCAUUUCUGGCAUGCCUCUCAGUAACCAGGGGAGUCAUUUUCAUUAAUACUGAUAAUAAAGGUCCUCUGCCUCGGGGUUGAAACCGGAGAGCUUCUUUGUGGUUACCUGAGACCAGCAGAAUGGCUGUCCGAAGGCCAGCUGGCCACCUGCGCAGAGCUGCUGGCUGGAGGAGCUCAGGGGAUGAGACCUACUGGGAGGGCCUGAAGUCUGAGGUGGUCCCCUGUAGCACCCCGACCCGGCAUGUCCCCCGGCCCCAGAGCGCCAUUGAAGGAGUCCAGAAGGACGCUUGGAUGCAGCAGCUGGAGAGGAUGCAGUGGGGCCAUUCUGGAGGCCCAGCCUGUGAUCAAAUGGGACCUUUUUACAACAAAAAUGCAUCCCUGCCGAGCCUUUCCACUGAGCAAGUUGGAUCUUUCCCACAAUCAUCACAUCAGGGUCUUCCCAACAUGAACAGUGGGAAUCUCUCUUCACGUGGGGUCCCCAUCAUGUGUGAUAUUUCACCAGCAGGCAGCCAGGGCUCCCUCAAAGAUGAACUGUUCCACAAUCCAGAGCGUCGAAGGAGUUGGGAAAAAGCUUCUAUCAAGCAGGCCCCUGGGAAAGAGCAGGCCAAACUCAGCUCUCUUGCCCCAGUUAGAAUAGGCUGGCUGCCAAUCCAAAGGAACAUCACAGUGGCGGAUUCUCCUGGCCAAAACUCUUACCUGGAGAACCCUAUCAGCCAGCUGAAAUUAAAACAACCCAUCACCCCAACCUUCUUGAAGAAUCCUGGCAAAGAGAAUGGCUUCAGACACAUGGACGGAGCAGAAGAGAGGAGUCAAGCAAGACCAAAUCCUAUGAGUGUGAGGACAUGGUGUCUCCCAGAUCAAGAAUCUCACACUGAUCAACAGGUCUCUGACAAGGAAUGUCGCACCUCAGCAGAGGGGAACAGGCUGCUUAGUUGGCAGGCUUUAAGGAGGGGUUGGACCAUUAAUAGGACAUCACCCAUUAGUGGUGGGACUCAACCGAAUGACCAUUACAGUCGGACUGAACCAGAAUCCAACAGCAAAAGGCCUCUGCACAGAACGACAAGUGGAGAACCGUGCGGAACAACUGCCCCUACUCACAGAGCAGUGAGCCUCCUCAACCCUCACACACUCUCACACACACAGACCCCCUCUGCUGGGACAGCUCUUGUCCCAAAGUCUACCAGCUUCUCCUCCAUCACCAUCUCCUCCAGGAAGGUGACCAGGACAUCCAGCCUUCCUGGAUCCAGUCGCCCCUCCAGCCCUGGUGAGCAGCCUAGCUUCCACUCUUCGUCAUCUCGUCCUCGGGCCCCCGUUCCCUCAGAGCCCCUCUCGCCUGACCACACCACCCUCAGGCAGGCCAGCAUAGUCAAGGUGGCAGAGCACAGGAUGAAUCCGUGCUCCCCUGUCGUUCUUUUGAAUGGGCCCCAGGGCCCCAGAACCUCUGUCUCCUGUGAGCCUCAGAGGGGCCACAGCUGUGAAGUGGUGGUGAGAAGGAGGAAGGCCACCAUCAUUAAAGUGACUGAGCACAGGGAGAGCUACAGUGCUGGCCAGGGGGGGUUGGGGAGUAGGCAGGCUGAGUACAGGCACAGUUACACAGAGGGGGUGUACAGGGAAAACAGCCUCUGGCAACAAGGCUCAUUAGAGUCUCCAGACCACAAUGAAACACCCUUUUAUAAACAUCUAGAACAUUCUCCAGAAAGUACAAACUCUUCUUCAAGCCCAAACAGGGCCACUACAGUUUACCCAAGAGAGCCAGAGAGUGGAUCCACCCUCCACAGGUCUACCCUGUGUCUGUACGUCAGCGGCUCCUCCACCAACAACACGUCCACAGAGAAGGUGAACAGGGAGAGGUCAGUGAAGGCCAGGAGACCUGUAAGCUGCUACGCCGGCAUGUUUGGACACAGUGAACCCAGCCCGGAGAUGAUUGGCACACAGGCUCCACCCAGGAAAUGGAGCGUGGAACUUCCUGGAGAGAUGCAUAUUGACUCUGUCAAAGACACUGCCAUUGGACUGGACACACAUGCUGCCUUUGGAUUCCCUAUCAGUGCAGGGACAGCAUUUAGCAACACAGGUCACCCAGUGGCAGAGACAGCAACAGCUCCACAGCAACAACAGAAACUCCAGGCAGAAGUAAGAAGCCAACCCCCUCCACUCACUCUCAUCCAGGCCCCAGAACCCAGGUCACAGCAGUCUCCGGAGCAUAUCAUCGCCCUCAAUGCCGCCGCUGUCAUAGCCAAUAUAAAACUCCAAAGACAACUGAGCAAGAAAACAACACCAAAUGGCAUUUCUGCAAAGGAAUCAAACUCAUCGCCCUUGGGAAAUAUACUCGUGAGGGGUGUAGCUACCUGUGAAAACCAGAGGACCAAUCACAACAUGGUCCAACAAGAUCCUGGUGUUGCUCCAAUCCCUUCACGCCUCGACACACCUAUAAACAGCCCAGCCAAAGCCCUUUCUCUCCGGGAAGCUCUGGAGCUGUCCAGACCUGACUUCAUCAGUCGCUCCCAGGGAAGGCUGAGGGAGCUGGGGAGACGGGCCCAGGAGAGGAGGGAGCUCCAGGACUCUUCAGACCCACAGCCAGAGAAUGCGCUCAGGCAAAAGAGAGGACACUGCACCAGGUCCAAUCCUCAGAGUGUGUUUUAUCUGAUGAACAGAUUUCCCAGCAGAGUAUGGAGGUUUAAUGGAAAUUAUAACCUUUUCAGACCCAGAGACAGAGCCAUUACUGGGAAAGAGAUGCAUCUUAGAUCCAAGCGGAAUUAUAAUAACCUUCCAGAAGUAAGGAGAAAAAAGGAGGAGGAGAACAGGAGGGUGAUUUCCCAGACCAACAGACAGAGAGUUGAACUGUUCAAAAAGAAACUCCUGGAUCAGAUUCUUCAAAGAGGCAAUGACUGAGUAACGUUGGGCAUGAACUUCCUACAGUAUGAUACAUACAGUAACCUGGCCGCUUCACGCCAUCAGAUCACCCUGACAUGAACUCAGAGCACUGAUCAAGAGCAACACUAAGAUCAGCCUAACCACAGUAUUAUUCAACACAAUAAACAUAUAUCUCUAUUUAAUCCAGCUUUAGUUUACCGAAUAAAUGUAUAUCAUGUUACGAUAACCAGUAAACUGUCUUCCUGCUGGUCCUAAUCGAGCUCUGACAGAUUUAGUCAAAAUAAAGGUAGUUAGAUUAUGCUCUGGACAAACCAUAAACAUAAUUACUGUCUGUAUAUUUCCUAACUGGUUGUUUCUGUCACAAUAGUUCUUCACCACUUCACUGAAACCCAUUUUGCAGCUGAUAAGCAGGGGGUCCACAUCCCUCCCGUACCAUCUAUUAAGGAGUUGGAGGCAUUUGACACCUCAGAGAUGUCCAUGCUAAUGAUCAGUACUGGUUAGAAAGAAUACCUUUUCUGAUAAUUUAGGUCUGCUAAUUGGACAAGCUAUCCACAACAGAUGUAAAUGUGUUGCUGUCAGAUUCCACAUGGAAAUGUAUCUGUUUUUACUGCUUUUAUUCAUGUUGCUGGCUCUCCCAUUGUUAUAAAAUGUUUAAAAGAUGCUUUAAUCCAUGAAACUGGAUUAUGUCAUCUAUAAAGAGAUGAAAGAAUGUAGUUUCCUUUUGUACGUGUGUGCGUGUGUGUGUGCAUGAUUACCUAUGUUUAGAAAGAGUUUUCAUUAAGAGCUAAAUUUAAGAUUGGUGAUUUUUAUUUAUUCAAAUGAUUUUAGGUUACACAAGCCAAUACACCAAAAAAUAUGUUUCCUGAAUUCUUUAAUAAAUAUUACAUAUUUUCAAUAAAUCUCUGAACAGAUGUCUGCAUUCUAGGCCAUCUUUAUGGAGCAUGUUUGCUCAAUUUAAAUUAAUAUACCGUAUCUUCUUGUUUCUGUCUUUCUGUCUGUCAAUGUUAGAGUAUAAUAAAUUGCUGUUCAAAAUGUUGCCAGUAUUAUGUAUAUAUUUCAUUUUACUGAAGAGCUACGCAAGCAGUGAC